AUGGCUAAUGUUGUUUCUAGCGGCUUUUACCUUUCUGGUAUAAAUAAUGUGAAAAUACGUUUAUAUCCCCAAGUUCUUGGUAUUUAUAAGAUACAUGAGCAUAAUUUGUGUAACGCCUUGAGGGACUUUGGAUUGCUAAUUAAAUCAGAUAGCCGGCGCCACUUACUAAAGUAUAACUAUGAUUUCCUCAAAUUCGUGCCACUGAUGCGUGGCAGUGAAUUGUGUAUGAUAGCCCACGGAUAUUCGCUUUUGAACCUGCAAGAUACUGUUUGGUGGGACUCGUUUACGAAAGUUGUGUACAACUCACUGUAUGAUAUGGAUGGGAAGGAGUUGGCAGGUUUACUCUACAGUUUAACGAAGGUGUAUUCCACAAAGACCCAUGCGAUUUGUAAAUUGAUUGAAUGGACUAAAUCAUGGAUUCACCUUUUUACACCCUUUUGCCUGUCGCUCAUGGUUAAGGUCGCAACUCACUUCAAAUCCGGCCAUGAGAUUAUGAGGAUGCUGAACAACAGGGCGCUCGAGCUAAUAGAUGACCUGAAGAUCGUGGACAUAGUCUUUUUCAUGACCUGCAAUGUUGAGUGCAGGACCCAGGAGAUAAACUUCUUCAGACAGAUGUGCAUUAAGUGCAUAGAGCUUAUAGAUGACAUUGAGCUGCACCAACUGAGGGCAAUAGUUUCUUCCCUGAGUCUGGGAGGAUUCAAGUCGCUGGUUAUGUUUAACAUACUGACAAUUAAACUGGCGCAGCUGGUAGAAAGGUACGUUGAGGCUUCAAAUAAGGGUUUUAGGACUCCACUGAAAGAAGGAGAUGUGAUAUCGCUUUGUCUGGGCUUCACGACCCAGGCGUUUCUGGUAAAGAAUGACCUGUGCAUAGACACGAAGGUGUACAAGGACUUCAUCAGUAAAAAUCCGACCUCCAGUUCAAACAUAUUCAAGUUCCCGCUUCCAGAGCUAGGCCCAGUGCUUAGUAAGGGAGUUGUGGACAACAAAACAAGGAUCACGGCAAACGGCAUGCCGAUUCUGCUAAGAGGAUUCUCGCUACUGGAAAUCCCAGCAACGGAUGAGCUUAUGAGGUACCUAAUAGAGAAAACGUGCAAGUAUCUGGACCAGGACGAGUACACAGGGCUUAAACUGUCGAACCUAGUAGUGACGCUCGUGAAGUACGACGGCAUGAAGUACGACUUCUGGAAGGCAGUACACGGCACCCUAGUGAGACAGAAGGACCCGAGACUCAGCGGUGACAUGAUAUCGAAGAUGCUGAACACUAUUUUCAGUAUCGGCAGGGAAGGGUUAUCGGAAUCUAGGGACCUCACGCUGGUUUACGAGUGUCUUCUCAAGAAAUGCCCCAAGCACUUUGGAGAUAUGUCUGUGAGGUCCAUAUUGUCCUUGACGAGGCACUUUUCACUCACGUGCAAUAUUGCGAUGUUGGCGUCGGACGAGUUCCUGGGAGCCAUUCUGAACAUGGCCGAGGACUUCUCAAACGCAGACAUGAUUAAGAUACUGAAGACCUACGGUGGGUUUGUGGAUAAGCUUAGGUCAAACCCUAAGUUCCUGCAGCUGCUGGAAGUCUCAGAGAGGAGGAUGAGCAGCACGUCUGGUUCAAAGAGCUUCAGCGGUGAGCAGAUGGACAAGGUGUUGGAGUCUCUGAAAUCGCAACUCGAUUAA